AUGACUGAGGUCAUGUCACUUUCACUGACAAAUUUUAAUGCCGACUGCGGCUACCUUGAAGGUCUUGUUCGUGGAUUGAAGGGGGGCAUACUUAAGCAAUCUGAUUAUUUGAUUCUUAUGCAAUAUCUUAAACUGCAUCUUCAGGAUACUGAUUACGGUACUUUCCUCGCCAAUGAACCUGGCCCUUUAACGGUGGCUGUUAUUGAGGCUAAAAUAAGAGAAAAAAUAGUGGCAGAAUUCCGGCAUCUACGACAUCAGGCCGUCGAACCACUCGCAACCUUUAUGGAUUACAUAUCAUAUAGUUACAUGAUUGAUAAUAUAAUACUUCUUAUCACUGGCACCUUGCAUGAAAGACCUAUAUCUGAAUUGAUCACAAAGUGCCAUCCACUAGGAACAUUUUUGCAAAUGGAAACACUUCACAUUGCAUCAACCCCUGCCGAGCUAUAUAACGCCGUACUUGUUGAUACACCACUUGGUAACAUUAGUUAUAUUUACGUAUUUUUAGCUCCGUACUUUAUUGAUUGUAUAUCGGAGCAAGAUUUGGACGAGUUAAAUAUAGAAAUAAUCCGCAACACGUUAUACAAGGCAUAUCUUGAAGACUUCUACUCGUACUGCAAAUCUCUUGGGGGCAUAACCGCUGAAAUCAUGUGCGAACUUUUGGCAUUUGAGGCUGAUCGACGAGCAUUUAUUAUUACUAUUAAUUCGUUUGGUACUGAGCUAUCUAAGGACGAAAGAUCUUGCUUGUAUCCCAAAUGUGGAAAACUCUAUCCUGAGGGCUUGAACGCUCUCUCUAAUGCCGAUGACUAUGAUCAGGAUUAUAAAUCGCUAUUUGAUGGUUCUGGUGAAGGGCUUGGUGAUAAGACUCUGGAAGAUCGAUUCUUCGAACAUGAGGUUAGUUCAGUUAACAUGAUUUAG